UAUUUGAGUGGAAGUGGGCAGGGACGUGGAUUGUGGACUUGAUGUCCAUAAUUCCAACUAGGUAUCGUGAAGUGUUUUUGAGUCAGCCGCAGGAUGAUUGUCAUGUGUGCGUUCCGCCUGGAAAGAAGCCUUUCCCAAAGGCUGAGCUGCUUCUAAUUCAUACAUCAUAUUUGCAAGUCCAAAGUAUUGAAACAAAAUGACGACUUUCACGAGAAUACCUGAGGGCGAGACCCCUUCCAUUAGCAUUGAUGUGAACAGGAGGCUUUCAAAAAUAGAUCCAAAUAUCUAUGGCGGGUUCAUGGAGUAUGCUACUUUCAAUAUCCCUCAAAAUUUUCUCCAAUUCCAGGUUGGCUAUUGCCAGAAGAAGCUCUAGCGUGCUUUCUAUUUAGACAUAUCAGCCCAUCUAGUGAUAAAAGAUAAAGCACUUCCCACCUGCUCACAUGUUUGGGGAUUGCUUCGUGUAAGCUGUCGGCGAAAGUAUCGAGAGAAACGUGCGGAUCACGACCACAGGCAUUCUUUCAUGCAUAUGGGCCGUUGUAUCUACGGCGGCAUCUACGACCCGGGAAACCCUCUCUCAGAUGAAUACGGCUACCGGAAAGAUGUCCUUACAGCUCUCCGUGAACUCGACAUUCCCGUGAUCCGCUACCCAGGAGGCAACUUUGUAGCCACCUACCACUGGCUCGACGGCGUGGGACCUAGAGAAAAUAGACCUUCUCGACCGGAGCUGGCUUGGUUAGGGACAGAGACAAAUGAGUUCGGAACGGAUGAGUUCAUGCACUGGUUGAGUGUGCUGAGUGAGGGGAGGGAGAAGAGGGUUGAGCCAUACUUUGCUCUGAAUUUUGGGACAGGGACCCUAGAUGAGGCGCUCGCGUGGGUGGAGUAUUGCAAUGGAACGAAGAAUACGUAUUAUGCCAAUCUUCGACGGAAGAAUGGCCAUGAAGAGCCGUAUAAUAUCAAGUACUGGGCUCUAGGAAACGAGAUGUGGGGACCGUGGCAAGUCGGCCAGAUGACUUCAGCAGAUUACGCUAAACAAGCCGCCCAGUGGGCCAAAGCCCUCAAACUGCUCGAUCCAUCCCUCUGCCUGAUCCUCUGUGGCGAGACAGGCGUCGCAUCCUGGGAUCACGAGGUCUUGAAAGAGUGCAUCCAGUUCGUGGACAUGCAUAGUAUCCACGCUUACACCGCUUCUAAAGAGCACAUCCCCAAUGCCAUCGCUCCUCUUUCUGCUGAGAGAGCUAUCGAGACAGCGGCAGCGCUGAUUGAUAUUGCGAGGAUAGAGAAGAAUAUCCCUCCUAGUGUACCCAGAACGACUAUCUGUUUCGAUGAGUGGAAUGUUUGGGAUCCGAUUCGUGCUCCAGGAGAGGAAGGAGCCGAAGAGCUGUACACACUGUCUGAUGCUCUGGGCGUGGCCGUUUGGCUGAAUGUGUUCGUCAGGCAGAGUAAGUGGGUGGGAAUGGCGAAUAUUGCACAGAGCGUCAAUGUUAUCAGCCCGUUGAUGACGACAAAAGAUGGGAUUUCCAAGCAGACGACUUGGUGGCCGCUCCUGCUCUUCAGCAAGUACAUGCGUGGUUGGACGGUUGGUGUGCAUGUUAGCGGUGGUGCGUACGACGGAGUUACAGAGCCGAAGUGGCUACAGAAUGUGCUUGAUCAAGGAGCGAGCUGGUUGGAUGUCAGCGCUUCUGUCAAUGAAGAAGGCAUUCUAAGUCUGGCUGUCGUGAAUGUUAGCGAGACGGAGGACUUCGAGACGGAAUUGAUUGGUGCGGGGAAGAAUGUCGAGGUUUAUACUGUGACCGGGAAGGAUGUCAAGGUCGUCAAUGAGGGGGACAAGCAGGAAGUGGGAAUCGUGGAGAGUAAGUGGGAUGGCGAGGGAAAGUACAAAUUCGGAAGGCAUUCUUUUACGAUGUUGAGAUGGGAUACGGGAAAGAAAGUCUCUAAUGUGAAGAAGGGUGAUGGAAAGAGAUUGGAUACGAGGAAGAUGGCUUGGGAAUAG